AUGACUUUCGACGAGGUUCUAUUGCGCACACUACGUCAUCACAACAUUUCGAACGUGCCGAUUUUCAUAGGCGGAAACGACGAAAAUGGCGCCGCAUUUACAGCGAUUGCUGCCAGCUUGCAUCGGCGUCUCUUGGCUGCGCGUUACAUCUUCACAGCUGAUGAUCAUUCGAAACCACCAGGCAAUACAUUACGCAACCAUAUUAAAAAUGAUGCCUUGAGCGUAGUGUUAUGUGACGCGCCAACCGAUCGCAUUUGGCGCGUGGUUGAUCAGCGUUUGCGUAAACUACGGCAAACAAAAGUCAUCGUGGUGACCACCAGUGCACGGCUUGAACCAGUGGCGGUUUUCGCCAAACUCUGGCAGCUACAAUUUCUGCACACCGUACUGCUGUACAACAACACCAUUUACCGGUACUCGCCCUUUCCACGGAUGCAAGUGUUUCGUGUAUACAAUCGGAGCGAAAAUAUUUUUCCGCCUGCACCCACUGAUCUGCAGGGCUACACAAUCUCAACGCCUGCCGAGAAUGAUUUGCCACGCAUCUUCUUUGUGCACAAUCAGCGAGACAACAAAACGAACAUACGCGGUUUUGCCUAUCAUAUAUUUGUAAACUUCCUCCGUCGCAUGAAUAUUACGCUGCGUAUCAGCAAUCCUAAUGCGGUCCACGAUAUAACGAGCAGCGUUAAUACUAGCUCUAUCGCUCAAAAACUUGAGAAGCAGGAGCUGGAGAUCUCAAUGCAUCCCUACACGAGCAUCGGCGAGCAGCAAGGCAUCAUGAGCUAUCCGAUCUUCAAGUUGGAAUGUUGCUUCAUAGUGCCAGUGCAGAAUGAGAUUCCGCGUUGUCUGUAUCCGAUACGUCCACUCAAGUUGGGCUGUUGGUUUGUUAUAUGUAUCGCAGUGGCCUAUAUCGCAAUUGCUCUUAUGUGGACCAGUCCUUGUGUGCCCAGCGAGGCUCCACUCCUCACAAAGCUGUCGCGCACAUUUCUCGAGGGCAUAGCACAUGUGUUCUUUCUGCCGCAUACAUAUCAAAGUCAACAACCCUCGCUGCGUUAUUUCCUGAUCUACUUGCAGCUGGCGCUUUUCGGGUUUCUACUAACCAGCUGGUACAAUAAUCUGCUCAGCAGUUUCUAUACCACCAUACUCGUUGGUGAGCAGUUGGAUACUUUCGAGUCGUUGAUCGAGGCGCAGUUGCCUAUCUUAACAAAAUUCCAUGAGAUCGAUAUGGUUUUGGAACAAGUGCCACCCAAACUCGUGUCUAAGAUUCAGAAGCUGAUAAUAGGUGCGAACUCGAGCGUACAAAUGGCGCAUCUGUUGAACUUCAAUAGUUCGUAUGCCUAUCCUGUCACCGAAGAGCGUUGGGAUUUUCUAUCCUUGCAAGAGCAAUAUGCCAAUAAACCCAUCAACCGGUUUUCGAAAAUUUGCUUGGGUAGUCCAUGUAUAAGCUUUCCCAUGCGUUUGGACUCACAUUUGGAAAAACCUCUAACGCGUUUCAUUUUGGACGUACAAAUGGCUGGUUUGGAUGUUUACUGGCUGACCUCGGAUUUCAAUGAUGCCUUGAAUGCUGGCUAUGUAAAGCUGGUAAACAAUGUGCUGCCUAUCAGAGCUUUGAACUUGUAUACUUUCUACGCGGCUUGGAUUUUAUUGAUUGUUGGAUUGAGCAUAGCGUUUUGUGUGUUUCUGAUAGAAACACGGAACCCGUGUCGGAGUGAAAUAUUUAUAGAGAAACUAAGUGAAGAGAAAUUACAAGAUCGGCCAAAAGGGGAUAAACAAGUUAAUUUUAAAGAACCAUGA